AUGAUGAAAAAUUAUCUUCAGCUGACGACAAACCUACACGAACGCAAGGAAUGCUACUCACUGAACCUGCUAUCAAAAGCUGUCUCGCUAUCUUUUGGCCUCUCACAAAAAAUCGACGAAUCUACAGAGUUCAGAGAGCAAGGGUUGAAGUUAAAACUACAGAAAAUGAUUUCUGGAGGCAGUUUAAAUUGUCUUUGCGACGUUUACACCCGAUUAAAGACGUUAGAAAAGUUUUGGUCUUGCAGCCAACGUGAGAUUCAGCUGUCCGAAAGAGGUCACGGUCAAAAACUCACCACGUAUCACUAUUUGGUUGAAGAAUGUAAUAGUCUCUACCGUAUUGAAAGCCUCUUAACAUUUUAUGGUCUCUACAUUUACAGACUUAUUAACAACUUAUAUUUACGGCAUUACUUUUGUGGUACUUAUCAUGAAAAUAAAAAAAUGUAUUGA